AAGUUUUAAAUAGAGAUUUAAUCGAAUAUUUAGAUUCUCUGGUAAAUAAGAGAGAUGGAAAAGUUAUUUUUACUUAUGCAAAAAAUCAUUUAGGUAAUUUUAGAGUAAACAGAUUAUCUCGAAAAGCAGCCGCUAUUAGAAGGAACAAAACGACAACAAAAAAAUUAUCUCCUUACAAUAGUUUCAUGAAAACAAAUCUUCCUAAAAUCAAAAAAGAUAACCCGCAUUUAUCUCAUUCCGAAGCAUUUAAAUUAGUUGCUUCAAUGUGGAAAGAUUCUGAUACAAAUCCAAAGAAUCUUAACAAGCAAAAAUAA